AUGUUCAAGAAGAAAGACAAUGGCCGCGACAAGUUCCAGAUUCUUAUUGCAACAGUAAGAGGCAAACUUGUCAAUGUAAAACAAAUGCAUGAAUACGCUGCAAGAGCUCUAAUCCGCGCUAUAGAAUCCGGAAAGAAAGUUGAUAUCAGAUCCAAGGUAAUGAGCGAAUAUAAAUUAAAACAACAGCUCGAUGCAAUGAAUCUAAUUGCCGAAAAUGGUCGCGAACUCUUAAAAUGUUAUGCUGACCUUUGGACUGAUCAUCCAUCCGAGUCUCUUCAGAACCAGUACAUUGAAAUCUUUUCAUAUAGGGAGAUGGUUAACAUGCCUCAGGUUGUUGAACAUUGGAAUAAUUUUCCAAUCAAAGGAGCUUCUCAAGAAUUAAAGGAGUACGAGGAGCUUCUUGAUGAUGAUGAAAUCGCUGAAUAUUUGAAUGAUUUCGCCAGUGUAAACAAAAUUAAUGAUAAAGGUAAAGAAUAUUUAAGGAUCCUUUAUCCUUGCGGUAAUGUACUUGAUAUGAUUCCAACAGGAACACCAAUGUAUCCACCACCUCCAAAUUAA